AUGGGUCUGUUUGAUCGCGGUGUACAGAUGCUCCUCACUACUGUGGGCGCUUUUGCAGCCUUCAGUCUAAUGACCAUUGCUGUGGGAACAGACUACUGGCUAUACUCUAGGGGGGUUUGCAAAAGCAAAUCUGUCAGUGAUAAUGAGACCAGCAAAAAGAACGAGGAAGUGAUGACCCACUCUGGAUUAUGGAGAACUUGCUGUCUUGAAGGAAACUUUAAAGGGUUAUGUAAGCAGAUUGACCACUUCCCGGAAGACGCAGAUUAUGAAGCAGAUGCGGCUGAAUACUUCUUACGCGCUGUCCGAGCAUCCAGCAUCUUCCCCAUCCUCAGCGUCAUCCUGCUCUUCAUGGGUGGACUCUGCAUCGCGGCCAGCGAGUUCUACAAGACCCGACACAACAUCAUCCUCAGUGCCGGCAUCUUCUUCGUCUCUGCAGGUUUGAGUAACAUCAUCGGCAUCAUCGUGUACAUAUCAGCCAACGCGGGAGAUCCUGCUAAGAGCGACUCAAAAAAGAACAGUUACUCCUACGGGUGGUCUUUUUACUUCGGAGCGCUCUCCUUCAUAAUCGCGGAGAUGGUGGGCGUGUUAGCGGUUCACAUGUUCAUUGACAGACACAAACAGAUCAGGGCAGGGACAAGAUCUACGGAUUACCUCCAAUCCUCUGCCAUCACUCGGAUCCCCAGUUACCGAUACCGCUACAGACGGCGCAGUCGAUCGAGCUCCCGCUCCACGGAGCCCUCGCACUCCAGAGACCCCUCUCCCGUCGGUCUCAAAGGCUUUAACACGCUGCCGUCCACAGAGAUAUCCAUGUACACCCUCACGAGAGACCCUCUGAAGACCGCCACCUCAACUGCCACUUACAACUCCGAGCGAGACCACAAUUUCCUACAGGUCCAUAACUGCAUCCAGAAAGACAUUAAGGAUUCCUUGCAUACCAACACGGUCAAUCGAAGAACAACGCCUGUAUAA